AUGGCGUACCCGGACAGGACCGGGGUAGCGGGUUUACGGAUUGAGACCUCGUUUGGUCAGAGAUCAGGGUGGCAGGAGGAGAGGAGGAGGUCGACGACAGAUGGCGAUGGUAUCGAGAGCGACCGCACCAAAACAUCUCAAGAUUAUAACGCGCGCCGCCGCGAUACUGAUGAAGACCACAGUGUGAUAAGUGAUUUGCAUUCAGCCACGCCUCCCAUCUCGGUCCCUCGACCCGAUGGCCGUCCAGCAGGUGGUGACGAAUUCCCUCAUAAGCCAAGCGAUAUCCAAGGUUCCCCAUUGGACAACUAUCUUCAGUCACGUCGCCCCUCCAUUACAUUCAAUCCAAAGGUGUCUCUGGAUUCUGGUCGCGAAGAACCGUUAGGGGAACCACUCACAAAGGAUGAUUUGAAUAACCGGCCCCCGCAGAGAUUUGAGUCACGGACCUCUGGACUCCGAAACGCCCUCUCUCAAGAUGAUGAUCACCCUUCUCAAACUCCUCAAUCAUGGAGAUGGGACUCAAAUAAAUCUCCGGGACAGCAGAGCAGUCUAGCGGGACCGUCCCGAGCCCAACCGGUCUUACGCCCGGAUGAUGAGUCAAUCACGGGCACCGAACUUGAUCAUCCAACCUCACUCACAUCUCUAUCCACGGCAUCGCCAGUUCAAGAAGAAGUGCGUACUCCUCCCGGAAGUGCCAAAGAUGAUCUCCUGUCACCUCUCUGCAUCACAUCGCCCACUCAGCCCUACGCUUCCCCCGAGGAUCGCAAUUCUUGGUCUGGAGGGAUGAUGGCUUCGUUCGGAAGCAAGUCUCGCAGCUCGACACUAGACCGUAGCAGCAGUCUGCGGAAUACGCAUAGCUCUCGGCGCUCUACCAACUCGAGCGGCAAGUCUCCAGCAAGCAUGUUUCUGUCCAUGUGGGCCGGUCAAAGUCAGACAGACGAGCCGCCCUCAACGCCAGAUGAGGAAGGUCAACUGGUGGGAACCGACUAUGUUCUCGGAAAGCAGAUUGGCUUUGGGGGCUUCAGCACGGUCAAAGAGGCUUUCAAGGUCGAAGGACAGGGCAACACCAGACGACUCGCGGUCAAGAUUGUGAAAAAGCUGGUGACAGGUCGCACCGAGAGCGAGAAUGAGGAUGUCCAGGCAGAGUUCGACCACGAAGUGCGAGUCUGGAGGUACCUCAGCAACCCGCAUAUAUUGACUCUUGAUUCGGUGUACGAGACUGAUUACGCCACCUUCUGUUUCACAAAACUUGCAAUUGGUGGAACUCUGUUUGACCUGGUCCGUCAGAAUCGAAAAGGUCUUGAUCCAACCCUGGCCAAGAAGUAUUCAUACCAACUCGCUUCUGCAAUCCGCUACUUGCACCAAGAUGCUCGGGUUGUUCAUCGUGAUAUCAAACUAGAGAAUUGCCUUCUCGACCCCGUUGACGGCACUGGUUCCUCGAACCUAGUGCUGUGUGACUUCGGAAUGGCCGAAUGGAUGGCCACCGAUAAUGGAGGCGAUAGUCCGGAUCCUUAUGACGAAGUCGCAGAUCGUCCUCCGCCCAACAGAAUAGGACCAGCCGGCUCGAGUACCAGCGUCGCCGGUAGCCUCGAAUACGCUUCUCCCGAAUUGAUUCGAUCAUCGGCCGGUGUUAUUCACCCUUCGGUCGAUAUCUGGGCCUUUGGCGUUAUCGUUUACACUAUUGUUGUUGGGUCACGGCCUUUCCAGGACUCGUUUGCGCCGCGAAUUCAAGCCAAUAUUCUCAAUGGUAAAUGGAACCGGGAAGCUGUACUCGGUGAGCUCGCCGACAAACUCUCCCACCAGGACCGUCAAGACGCUCUUGACCUGAUUCAAGGCUGCCUUGAAAUGGACGUCGACAAGCGAUGGACUAUCCGUGACGUUCUCGACUGUGCCUGGCUACGCGAGGUCGCACAAUUCAAUGAUAGCUCGCCAGAGACUAUGUGGGGCCUUUAA